GGUGUAGCCACGACGUGAGCGCAAUGGAUGGUUCAGGGGUCGAAAAUAUUCAGAACCUAAAUAUAAACGAAAAGUCCAAAGCAAAAGCAAUGAAGGAAAAAAAGAAAAAAGAAGACACAUCCAGUGGAGUUUCCGAGCUGAAUCCAUGGCCAGAAUACAUCCAAAAACGUAUUGAAUUAUGGGACAAGUAUAAGGCUCAAUAUGUAGAGCAACUUGCCAAUAAACCUGAUGUCAGCAUUGUUGUGACACUGCCUGAUGGAAAGACUGUAGAAGCAAAAGCAUGGAAGACUACACCUUAUGAUGUAGCUAAAGGAAUUAGCCAAGGCCUGGCAGACUCAACGAUCAUUGCUCGCGUGAACAACGAGCUGUGGGAUCUGGAUCGACCUUUGGAGGGUGACUGCAAGUUGGAGUUGCUGCGGUGGGAUAACACAGAUGCUCAGGCUGUGUUUUGGCACUCGUCUGCACAUAUGCUCGGAGAGGCAAUGGAGAGGGUGUAUGGAGGAUGCCUGUGCUACGGCCCGCCAAUAGAAGAAGGGUUCUAUUACGAUAUGUAUUAUCCUGAUAAAGGGAUUUCAUCAUCAGAUUUCCACGUCUUAGAAGGUCUAAUAAAGAAGAUAGCAAAGGAGAAGCAGCCGUUUGAGCGGCUGGAACUCACUAAGGAGCAGUUGCUCGAAAUGUUCGAUUACAAUCCUUUCAAAGUGCGAAUCUUGAAGGAGAAAGUUGAUACACCUACCACUACGGUGUACAGAUGCGGCCCAUUGAUAGAUUUGUGUAGAGGACCCCAUGUUCGGCAUACGGGCAAAGUUAAAGCUUGCAAAGUUACUAAGAAUUCGGCAACGUACUGGGAGGGCAAAGCUGACGCGGAAUCUCUUCAAAGAGUUUACGGAGUUUCUUUCCCGGAGCCCAAACAACUCAAAGAGUGGGAGACCAUACAGGAGGAGGCUGCUAAGAGAGAUCAUCGUAAGAUUGGCCGAGAACAAGAGCUGUUCUUCUUCCACGAACUGUCACCAGGGUCAUGCUUCUUCCAACCGCGAGGCGCCCACAUAUACAACACCCUCGUCAACUUCAUACGGGAACAAUACAGGUUCCGUGGCUACCAAGAAGUGGUAUCCCCAAACAUGUACAACGCGAAGCUGUGGCAGACCUCGGGCCACUGGGCGCACUAUGCGGACAAUAUGUUCUCCUUCGACGUGGAGAAGGAGACCUUCGCAUUGAAACCAAUGAAUUGUCCUGGACAUUGCUUAAUGUUUGACCACCGCACCCGAUCGUGGCGUGAACUUCCACUCCGCAUGGCGGACUUCGGCGUGUUGCAUCGCAACGAACUCAGCGGAGCCCUGACCGGUCUUACGCGAGUACGACGAUUCCAACAGGACGAUGGACAUAUAUUCUGUACGCCACAGCAAAUUGAACAGGAGAUGGUGGCAUGCCUGGAAUUCCUGGAGCACGUAUACUCGACUUUUGGAUUCACCUUCCAGCUGAAUCUCUCGACCAGGCCAGAGAAGUAUCUCGGUGACAUUGAAUCCUGGAAUCAGGCUGAAAAGGCGUUGGAAGACUCGUUGAACAAGUUCGGGCGGCCGUGGCAGCUGAGCCCUGGCGACGGCGCUUUCUACGGGCCCAAGAUCGACAUCGCCAUCCAGGACGCGCUGCGCCGCUCGCACCAGUGUGCCACCAUACAGCUGGACUUCCAGCUGCCGGAGAGAUUCAAUCUCACUUACGUCAGUGAAAGCGGCGACAAGAAACGCCCUGUAAUCAUCCACCGCGCGAUCCUCGGGUCCGUGGAACGGAUGAUCGCGAUUCUCAGUGAAUCGUACGCGGGAAAAUGGCCCUUCUGGCUCAGUCCGAGACAAGUAUGCGUCGUGCCUGUUGGUCCAGCGUUCGACGACUACGCUCUACAGGUGAACGCGAAGCUGUCCGAGGCCGGGUUCAUGUCGGAAGCAGAUACGGAUGCCGGCGACACGCUGAACAAGAAAGUGCGCAACGCACAGCUCGCGCAGUUCAACUACAUCCUUGUGGUAGGUGAACGCGAGAAGAGCUCUGGAACUGUGAAUGUCCGUACACGAGACAACAAAAUUCACGGGGAGAUGUCUAUACAAGCUUUGGUGGACCAUCUCAACACUUUGGUUAAGGAGAAGACACUGUCUGAAGACAGUCAGCUGUUGAACUCAGGAUAAGAAAGGAUUUCGCCGAAUAUUCAAGCCCCAAUUCUGCUAAUUUUCUCUCUUGAAAUCAAUGGGACUCCACUGAGAUUAUAAUUGCAGUUAUGACAAUAUUAGACUAUGUAGUGGCUUGCACACCGGUUUUCAUGGUGUCGCCAUCUCUGAGGUCCCGAGUUCGAUCCCCAGCCGGCUCAAUGUAGAAACUAACUUUUCUAUAUUGUCUCGGGUCUAGGUGUAUUUGGUACUG